AUGAGUUUCUCAUUGAAAAAAGGUCUCUGCUCUCUAGUAGCAGCAUGGACAUUGAUCCACGUCAUCCUUAGCAGACCGACACCCUCAUCAUCGCUUCCUUGGCUGCGAUAUGACUUCUCCAAGGUCACUAGCCUUAGGGACAAUGCUACAGCGUCUAUAUAUCCUCCAAUCGUACCGCCCAUAGUACCCCUCAUCCUGCCUCUGGAAGACGUUUUCAGAGCAUCGUAUAACGACAUCGAAUACCUGAAAGUAUACUUCAGUCAUACACAAAACCCACACAUCCAACAGCGUUUCGAGGCUGAAAUACUACACCCGAUCGAAGACUUCCAGGUUUCUGUAACGAAAGAAUACACCUUGUUAUUCAAAGACGCAUUUCCACAUCGGAUCAGCGAGGCUGCUGGACUUGCAGAGCCGCAGCGCGCACAGGCCCGCGAAGGGGUGGUCCGGCUCCUUCAGAAUAUUGACACGCUGAACUGGAAUAUCACCGCGUGGGCCUACCAGAAUGCUAUGAUCGACCUACGGCAGGUGGACGCCCGCGAGAACAUAUUGACGCAAGGCGAGGCGAUCUGGGCUCAUCGGUUCAGGAGCAUCAAGGAGGAUAUCGAUGCCGUGCUAGGACAGUUCUCAUACCAUGGCCAUCCACUUCGAUAUGUGGGCAGUCUGAGUCACGGGAUUCGAGGACGCCAUAAGGGCAAUUCCGCCAUCAAUCUGGACGAUUUCGAUGUUGACCUCUUCGUGGCACAUGCUGAGGAGUGGCACAGGCACCUGCCCGUGAUACGAGAACAAUUCCCUGAGAAUUUCAGCAAUGGGAAAAUAUACCCGUUGGGAACCCAUAUGCACGAGAUACAGAACCUCAGCCACGCGGUAGGCCACGCGGUAGGCCACGCAUUGGCUGCGAAUCUUAUGGGCAAGGUCAAGCAGUCAUGGAGAUUUAUUGGGAAUACGGAAAUUGUGCUUCGCGAAAUAGGCCCGUAUUAG